AUGGCAAAACGCGCUCCGCCUGGGCCCCGAUGGAGCCACUCCUGCCUCGCCCCGCAUCCCGGCAUGCUCUUCGGCCGCAUCCCGCUGCGCUACGCCGUCCUGGUGAUGGGAAUGGUUCGAGUGCCCCUGUACAACCGGAAAGAUCGCAUGGGCGGGCUGCCUUCCUUCCUGGGGAAUUCCUUCAUCAGCACAGCCAAGUUCUAGCUCCUUUAUGCCUUGAAAGUCUUGAACAUGGUACCUGUGGAGAAGCUGGCAGAAGCUGUGGCCGCCACGCAGAAACCCCAAAAGCCUUCCUCAGAAGCAGCCUCAGCCACCCCCACAACCGCUCCAGCGUCGUCUCCUGCUGCUUUCUGGACCAACAGCCAAGCAGGUGCCAUGUAGACCGUUUGGCAGGCGGCAGACAAAGUGCAGCCUCUGCAUCAGGAGGAGCUGCUCUGAGUUGUUUAGGGACUGAGUGAGGAGGACCAAAGAUGGGGAAGGCUUUUGCCACAAGCCUGCACUGUGCUGCCACCUUUUUGCCACCAAUAGCUCAGGCCACCCAAAGCCCUCUGGAAGACUCUGUCCUGAGGAGACGUUCCACUUGGUGCCUUGUGGACUGCUUGUGCUGGCCACUGGAUUUAUUUAUUUUAAAAGCCUGUUUGUGGAAAGGCCUCUGAGGUCAGGAUGGGGUUUUCGGUUCCUACUUUUAACACUGCACUUCAGGAUAUUUAUUUUUUAAUGUGAUAGCUUUGAGCACCAGAGGAGUCAAUUUUGCUGCUGUGCUGAAAGUGGAGACCAGAAGAAUAAAAAACUUUUUCGUUGCACCU